GGCGCGGUGGGCGGGCUCAGUCCGGGGGGCGGAGUCUGUGUCGAUGGCCACGGGAAGCGCAGCUGCAUGAACGAUCUCACCGAACCUGCAUCCGUGUUUUUCAGCCGCGAUCCCCUCCCCUGCGAGCGCCGCUCACGGAACACCCCCGCGGGGAGGCGAGAGAGAGAGGACUGCGGGCCGCGGAGGUGCGGCGAAGAGCCAGGCCAGGAAAGGACGCCCGAGUCCGGUUUGAUGCUGGCGGCCCGUCCGCCCUUUAAACACGGAUGCUGCUGCUGCUGCUGCUGCAUUCAUAAGAGAUCGCUGUUUAUUCGAGAACCCACCGUCCCCUGUUUUCACAUCUCCAGCCGAUCGAUAGACGCCAGCCGCUCAAACGGAGCGUGAGAGUCGAAGCGCAUCCCUCUCCACCUGCGGCUCUCCAGCGCCUGACGGGCCCAGAGUCAUGGGCAACACGCCGGCCGCCAAACGGGGCAACGAGAUGGAGAGCGUCAAAGAGUUUCUGGCCUUCGCCCGAGAAGAUUUCCUCAGGAAAUGGGAGAAUCCUGCACAGAACACGGCGAGUCUGGAGGACUUCGAGCGGUUGAAGACUCUGGGGACGGGCUCGUUCGGUCGCGUGAUGCUGGUCAGACACCGAGAGACCGGGCAGCACUACGCCAUGAAGAUCCUCAACAAACAGAAGGUUGUGAAGCUGAAGCAGAUCGAACACACUCUGAACGAGAAGCGGAUACUGCAGGCCGUCAGCUUCCCCUUCUUAGUGCGGCUGGAAUACUCCUUCAAGGACAACACUAAUCUCUACAUGGUGAUGCAGUACGUUCAGGGAGGAGAGAUGUUUUCACACCUGCGUAGAAUCGGCAGAUUCAGUGAACCCCAUGCGCGGUUUUAUGCUUCACAAAUAGUUUUGACGUUUGAAUAUCUGCAUGCCCUCGACCUGAUCUACAGAGACCUCAAACCAGAGAACCUCCUCAUCGAUCAGCAGGGCUAUAUACAGGUGACAGACUUCGGUUUCGCCAAGCGGGUCAAGGGUCGCACGUGGACCCUGUGCGGCACCCCGGAGUAUCUGGCCCCAGAGAUCAUCCUCAGCAAGGGGUAUAAUAAGGCUGUGGACUGGUGGGCUCUGGGUGUGCUGAUGUAUGAGAUGGCUGCCGGUUAUCCUCCGUUUUUUGCCGAUCAACCCAUUCAGAUCUAUGAAAAGAUUGUCUCAGGAAAGGUACGAUUCCCGUCGCACUUCAGCUCCGACCUGAAGGACCUGCUGAGGAACCUGCUGCAGGUGGACCUCACCAAACGCUACGGAAACCUUAAAAACGGAGUAAACGACAUCAAAGGACACAAGUGGUUCUCAACUACUGACUGGAUCGCCAUUUACCAGCGGAGGGUGGAGGCCCCGUUUGUGCCUAAAUGCAGAGGGCCCGGGGACACCAGCAACUUCGACGACUACGAGGAAGAAGAGAUCCGUGUGUCGUUCACGGAGAAGUGUGCGAAAGAAUUCGCCGAGUUCUAGGGGAAUAAGUGAUAGAAAUCAGAAAGAGAGAGAGAGAGAGAGAGGAAUAUAGAUGGAGAGAGAGAACGAUAAAAAGUGCAUGAAUCCUAAAACCGAUCCUUCCUUCUGUUAAACAGCAGAGAAACCAGCGGAAGAGAGCAGAGAAGACCUCCAGGGCCUUUAUCAUCUCCUCUGUUUCAACCAUGUUUGUAAUUUUCUAUUUUUUUGUUUAACUCUCUGUUGGCGUGAUAUUAAUCAUGAUGGAUUUGAUUGGGUGUAAAUGCAGGUCUGUGGACUGGGAUUGUUUUUGCCGCACAGAGACAGACGGGGUUAAGUUAUCGUCUAUUCAGAGAUCAUCUCUCAUCUUGAGCAGUUACUGCUCUCCACAAGGUCUCCAGAACUACCAUACAGAAACAUAGAAAAAGAAAAAAAAUAUGUAUUCCUGUGUAAUAACCGAAAUAUUUCGGUCCUGUCAUGUGUUUCUUUAUUCUUAAAAAUGCACUGAAGGGAUGACAAAGUGAAAGUGGCAUUGAAAAGAAGCCAUGAUUUUAUCAAAUGAGCACCUCUUUUUUUUUCUCUUUCAGCUGUAGGUCCACUGCGCUCUGUAAAAUAUUCACGGAUGAACUUUGAACUUUCACCUCUGAAAUGUGCCAUGAAAUCCUACAGGUGUCAGUUGUUUCACUUGAUUAUAGCUGACAGAUAGCAGGGGUCCUAAAGGCUGCGAUGACGGGCCCACAGCCUUCGUGUAGAGGAGGGGAGGAGUGUUUUUGUUUAAUUUGUUAAUACUAUAACUGUUACAGUUCUCAUUGGGUUCUACAUUUAUAAAACCUGACGAAACCGCACACGUUUCUGUGCGUGAUUGACACGGCGAAGCCUUGCGGUCGACGCUCUCCGCAUCGCUCUCGCCGUUUUCACCAUUUCUUCCCUCUUUAUUCUUCCAUUUCUGCAUUUUUAAAUAGGCAAAGUCUUCUCUCUGAAUGGGUGCAGUGCAUCUGGCUCCUUUCUGGGUGAGAAUUUCUUACACGCACCUCUCUAGGCUACAAAUAUCUCCUAAGCUGGAGGUGAACUCAGUGGAUACCAGUGCUAACUCCUGAGGACAUGGUUCAAGUUAAUUGUGAUAUUUUGCACCACAAGAAUCAUUCCAAUAAAGUAUUACUAUAAAU